AUGGGAAUUAAGCAUUCAACCCGUUGCAUGCUCCUAAGGAGAAAAAUGGCGGAUUCCGAGAGCGUUGAGGUAAGUCAGCAAGUUGCUUUUUGGCCUUCCCAUCAACCACAGCAACAGCCAGUUCGCAUCAUCGGCUCACAGCUGGCUCAGCCAACCUCUUUGCCAAAGCCUGUGCCUUCCAUACAGUCCACCCCAAGACCCCUCCUCCCACCACAUGCUGCCACCCUUGCCAGCUGCCCUGGACGAGGCAAGAUGGGAAAGCUGUGUAAUCCUGACGAGAUGACCUCAAAAGACUAUUACUUUGACUCUUACGCCCACUUUGGUAUACAUGAGGAGAUGCUGAAAGAUGAAGUGAGGACACUCACCUACCGGAAUUCCAUGUACCACAACAAGCAUGUGUUCAAGGACAAAAUAGUUCUAGAUGUUGGAAGUGGCACGGGGAUCUUAUCCAUGUUUGCAGCCAAGGCAGGAGCAAAGCAUGUGUACGGUAUUGAAUGUUCAAGUAUUUCUGAACACUCAGAAAGGAUCAUCAAGUCCAAUCACCUUGACAGCGUGAUCACCAUCAUUAAUGGAAAAGUGGAGCUCCCUGUGGAGAAGGUGGACAUCAUUAUAUCAGAGUGGAUGGGCUAUUGUCUCUUCUAUGAAUCCAUGCUGAACACGGUCAUCUUUGCCAGGGACAAGUGGCUGAAACCUGGUGGAUUAAUGUUCCCCGAUCGUGCCUCUUUGUAUGUGUUGGCCAUUGAGGACAGGCAGUAUAAAGACUUCAAAAUACAUUGGUGGGAGAAUGUGUAUGGUUUUGACAUGACCUGUAUCCGCAAUGUGGCAAUGAAAGAGCCUUUGGUUGAUGUAGUGGACCCCAAACAGGUGGUGACCAAUUCCUGUCUGGUCAAGGAGGUGGACAUCUACACAGUGAAGACUGAAGACCUGUCUUUCACAUCAGCAUUCUGCCUGCAAGUGCAGAGAAACGACUACAUUCAUGCACUGGUCACCUUUUUCAACAUUGAAUUCACCAAAUGUCAUAAAAAGACUGGUUUCUCCACAGCUCCUAAUGCUGCAUACACGCACUGGAAGCAAACAGUGUUCUACCUGGAGGACUACUUGACUGUGCGAAGAGGAGAGGAAAUUACUGGCAGCAUAGCAAUGAAGCCAAAUGACAAAAAUAUUCGGGACUUGGACUUUACGUUUGAGUUGGAUUUCAAAGGACAACUGUGUGAAGCAGCGAUAGUCCACGACUAUAAGAUGCGUUAG